AGAAGGGCUGUUGGCGGAGCAUGCGCAGGAGCACCAGCUCUGCUUUGAGGGAAGCCGUGUGGCAGCUCUGCUGAUUGAGAGGUCGCCAGGGUCGCGGAGGGAAAGAGCCGCGCAGCCGUCGGGAUGUGGUACGAGAUCUUGCCUAGCUUGGGCGUCAUGUACGUGUGCUUGGUCAUCCCUGGCGUGGCCACCGCCUACAUCCACAAAUACACCAACGGGCACAAGGAGAAGAGAAUUGCUCGGAACACCUAUCAGUGGUACCUGAUGCAGAGAGACAAGCGUGUGUCUGGAGUAAAUCAGUACUAUGACUCCAAGGGUUUGGAGAACAUUAAGUAAAACCAUGGUGCAAUGAAAGCAACUUAAUAAACAUGUAUUUGACAAAGUGUGGAGCAUGUUGAUCAUAAUCCCAUGAGGAGAGAGGACAAUAAGCUUCUAAUACUGUACCAAUAAAAUUGCAAUAAAGAAAUAAAAUACAGAUUGAAAUAAUGCAAAUGUGAGAAUGUUGACAAGACAGACAAAAUACUGUAUUGGGUUUGUUUUUCAUGCUGACCUUCAUGAAAGGUACAUUUGAUACAUUGCUCUUAACACAUGGUUGCUGUUGUUGGCUUGAGUGAUGGCACUAUUAGUCCAAAACAUGUGGGGGCACCAUGUUGACUUACCCCUAUUUUAAUGGGUGCCAGAUUGUUGUUCUUUGCUCUUUGAUUACUACAUGAAACCAAUGGGACACAUCAGCUGCAGAGUUGGGUAUAAUAAUGGCCACAGUUUGUUCUCAUUUUCACCAUCUAUGCCAGGUGUGGGGAACCUUUGGCUCUCCAGAUGAUGCUGAACUGCAUCAUUGGCCAGCUUGCUAGGACCGAUGGGAGUCAUAAUUUAGCCACUGUAGGAAGGCCAAAGGUUUCUUACCCCUGGUUUCUAAACCUAAGGAGGUGGUGGUUAUCCUGAAUCAGUGUUUUGAAGUUCCGUUUUGGCAUGAACAUGGAUGGAACUAGCUGAAACGUAAUCCUGAUAAGAUGAAAGUGCUAUGUUUAGGGCUUAUGACUUUACUCUUCCUGAAGGAACAAAUAUGCAGGCAUGGUGCUCCUGGACACAGCUUUAUCUUUGGAUCCUCAGGUAGUAUUUACCAUUUCACAAGCUGUGGAUGUUUCUAGAACAGGCCUUUGUGCCAAUGUUGGCCCUUCAGGUUUCUAUCCAGCCAUAGUGACUUUCCCUAGGCCAGUUCCUCACCCUGCCUGAGUAGUUUUGCCUGGCCGGAAUGUGAACUGUAAUAAUAAUGCCUCUCGCUUGCCUGGAUAGAAAAAUGUGUGGUAUGAGAGUAUAGAAAACUUUGACUUCUGCAUGGCUGGAAUGUAGUCUACUGUGCAAAGGUGAAAGUCAUACCCAUGGUCCGCCCACCACUAGUGUGUGCCCCCACUCCAAAGGUUGCUCAUAAAGGAAUGUGGUCCCUCCACCCCUGAUCUAGAGAAAAUCAAUCUAUGACACUGGAAUUGAGUGGUCGGAACAGAACGUUUGUGGGUUUUCAAACUUGGAGCAUAUUAUGCCAAUUUUAUAUCAAUUGGCUAGGUUGCCUGUUUGCUUUUAAGCCUAGUUUAAAGAAUUAGACAUUGACCCUUAAGGCUGUUAAUAGCCUGGGACAAAGUUACCAGAACUUGCCACAUGAAUUUGUCUGAGCCUCCAGUUGGUUUCAGGGGCUCUGCUCUCAAACAUGCCUCUGUUAGCAGAUACUAGGUCCCGAGUGCUCACUGGAAGGACAGAUCCUGAAGCUGAGGCUCCAAUACUUUGGCCACCUCAUGAGAAGAGAAGAAUCCUUGGAAAAGACCCUGAUGUUGGGAAAGAUGGAGGGCACUAGGAGAAGGGGAUGACAGAGGAUGAGAUGGUUGGACAGUGUUCUCGAAGCUACGAACAUGAGUGACCAAACUGCGGGAGGCAGUGGAAGACAGAAGUGCCUGGCGUGCUCUGGUCCAUGGGGUCACGAAGAGUCGGACAUGACUAAACAACAACAACAAAGUGCAGAGCCUUUUUAUGGUAGUGUCAUGGGAUUCUUUCCCUGGAAGAUCGACCAAGCCUGUUUCACCCUUUAGGUGAGUUAAGGCUCUUUUUGAGACAUCCAGUGUCAUGGGAGUAAAGUCUGCUUGCACAACAGGACUGCUUCAUUCUCUCUGCAACUCCAUCUGUAGCCCCAAAAUCUGCUCUGGAGAGUUGAGGGAUGCUUUGGAACAGAUACUGUGGGGAUAUGAGGAGCUGUAGGGGGAAAAGAGGAACCAGAAGUCCUGUUGCACAAGGGAGUUUCCUUUGUACAAGUGGAUGAACAUCACUGGAUGUUGCCCAGUUUUCAUUAAACAUGCACUUGGGAGUGUAAACACUUACGGUAUUUUUUUAUAAUCUAUCCAAUCCCCAGUGUUUUAAAGAUUAUAUUAGAAGCAGCACAAAAGCUGUACACAAAAUGCCAGUUGAAACAGCAAGCACAAGUUCAGGAAAGUCUUCACUGCAGUGAGCAGAGCUUUUUAUUAUUUAAUGCAUCUCCUACACAAAACAAUGUGUUCAGAUUACUAAAGAAUGCAAGUAAAUUGCUGUAUGCUGGUUUCUAAAUGUAUCCCAGUAAAAUCAGGAGCAGAGAGAAGAUUGCUGCAUCAGCAGAUAGUGACCUUGUAAAUGAUUCCGCUGCACAGGUAGCUUUGGAAUCUGCAAUGGUGGAAAGCCAGAGUCGAAGAUACAGGUUAAAGUUGAGAUACAAGUGGAGCUUGCAACAAAAUGUUGUGGUGUGAAAUGGGCCUGUUUGGGUUCUCAGACCCCUAAUCAUGCCCUUUCCAGUAUAUUUCAUUUCUCCCCAUUUUCACCUGGUUUUCUGUUUCCUCCCCAUCCAUCAACAAUCUGUCAGCAUCCCAUGGCCAUUGAGCACACAUGCUCCUCACUGUGUUAGUGCAUUAAGAAGCAGGCAAGGCACAUCAUUCAGACCAUUGGGCAUUUUUUCAGUGAUGCUCCAGAAAUUACGUUAAUACAUUGUG